UUCUAUAUAUCUGCUCUUGCCCUACGUUUCUUUCCUUACAAUCCUAAAGCUUAAUUAAUAAUCCCUCUCACCUCUUCAAUACUCCUUAUUGAUCACUAUUUUCUCUUCGCCUUGUGAUCAUAGAUUAAGUCACCAUAUAUGAUGAACAUGUCCGAGUCGUCUUCGCUCCGAAACGCAGCGAAGAGGCCGGGGUGGGACGAGAAGGCCGCCGCCGGCUGCUACGCGGCCCCGGCCUCGGCCCCGGCCCCUAUGAGGAAGUUCCUGAGGCUGGCGACGCUCAACGACGGCGUUGACGAUGCGGCGUCGGCCAUCACCCCCCCGGUGACGGUCGUCCUCGAGGGCCGGUCCAUCUGCCACCGCAUCCACCUCCACAAGCACGGCGGAUACCAGAGCCUGGCAGCGGCCCUGCGCCGCAUGUUUGUCGACACCGACGGCAGCGGCCACGAGCUGGCGGUCGACGGCGCCAGGCUCGACCUCUCGAAUGCGGUGCCGGGGUACCUGGUGGCCUACGAGGACAUGGAGGAUGACCUCCUCCUCGCUGGCGAUCUCAACUGGAAGGACUUCGUUAGGGUUGCAAAGAGGAUCCGCAUAAUACCAGCAAAGGCCAGCACAAGGAAGAAAACUGUAGGGGCAUAAGUGUCAUUACGACUUAUAUAUAUAUAUAUAUAUAUAUAUAUAUGCACUUUUUCAUAUAUAGUGUUAUAUUUGGCGUUUUCGUUUUCCUUCCUCAGCUGCUCUUUCAAUAUUCUCCUAAUUAUAACUAGCUAGCUACUAGUGUGAAGCAAAAUUUUGUACACAUAUAUAUUGAUUGCUCUAGCAUGGUACUUGUAGAUCAGUGAGGUUUUUCCUAUAAAGGGAUUCUAUAUAUUAAGGGAUGAUACGGUCACAUUAAUUCCAUUUACCUUUUUUU